GGCUCCUGAGGAUGUUCAGGAAGAAGGCUCUGCAGGUGGCCCCAGAGCCUGAGGGAAGCAGCUGCCAUCUUCCCCAGGAGCAGAGCGGCUCCUCCGUCCCCACUGUUGGGGAAGGAGCUCCCGGCCAGGCCAGGAGGUAGAAGUGCCCAGCCUUCUGGCGGAGAAAACCCGCUCCCAGUGCAGGCGCCGAGGUGGGAGAGGCCAGGUCGAAAUGGAGCUGGGCCAGGCUGCGGCUGGGCAGGCAGGACCCAGCGCAGGAGAGGAGCCGGGCAGGGUGACUCUGGGGCAUGUUGUGUGGGCAGCAGCGGCCCCAGGAGCCCAGCCCUGAUUCCCAGCAGGAGGCAUCGCCCUGCCCGGUCACUGAGGACCUUCCAGCCUCCCCAGGGCAGGAGGUGGAGGAUCCCUGUCCCACCACCAGCAGCUCGGCCCGCUCCCCAUGGGACAGCAGCAGUGCCUGGGACUCGGGCAGCAGCGAGGCCGAUGGGCAAUGCAGCUUUGUUCCAGGGACUGCCAGGGACUCAGGGGACGAGGAGGAGGAAUGGGUGGACGUGGCCACAGAGGAGGCUGCUCUCAAUAACAGCCGAGAGCAGCUCCAAGGCGGAGAAAAGGAGGAGGCCCAGCAGCUCGUGUUCCUGCACGCCAUCCACCCCACGUCUCGCUGCACAGCAGAGAGGGCAGGACACAUUGGAGCCGCACUGCUGCAAGGCGGCUGUGGCGGAGAGGAUUGUGGAGCUCAUUGAGGAGCUGCCUGAUAACUCUCCACCCGGCGCCAUCCUCGCUAACUCCCUGAUUGCUGUGGGCAACCUCAGCACCAUGACGCCUGCCCUGGAGCCAGAGCUGGAGACCCACCUCCUCCGAGCUUCCCUGCACGCCGUCUUCACCCUGGGCAUGGAGAAGGACACCACCCAAGUGCAGAACUCAGCGGAAUUCCCCAGGAUGGGUCACCACAUGGCACAGCUAGCUCUGUCCGUCAGUGACCCAGCCAAGGACAUCAGCCGGCAGGCCAGGGAGGGGGUUUACCGGCUCUACCAGCUGCUGCUGCACCAGAGGGGUAAGGAACCCAGCUGGGAAAUGGCACCUGCUAGAAGAGUGAGACUGGGACCCCAGCCAAUUUCUCUCAGACUGACCCCGGCUGGAGGAUGAGUCUCUCUAUCUCUUUCUGUGUUCCACACCACGCCCUGCAAUUCUGUUGGGCCAGACACGCAGCGAGGACUCUGCCCACUGUGCAGCCACCAAUGGGAUUGGAAGGACACAAGCCCUGCAACCAGAAGGACAAAUGUGUGUGUGUCUCUCUCCCUGUCACCUACUCCCUCCUGGGGGAAACCCAGCAGCUGAUGGGGGACAAGGUGAGCAGCUGCAUUAGACUCAGGAGAUUGGGGCGGGGCCCAGGCCUCAUUCCCAUCCUGUGGCCAUUCGCUGGCCUGGCACAAGGAGCCUGGUGGGGAAUGAAAGGGAGAGCAGGUGCUCCUGGGAAGGGAGAUGAAUUCUCCUCCAUGAGCAGGAGCAAGCCAGCUUGUCCCCGGAGCAGCUCCACCCAGCUCUUUAGCCAGGCUAAUUAAUGACAAGCUUUGCCUCAUCCCAGACUUAUGUUCUUAGGACAGGGUGCUAUCGCUCUUGGGAAGGGCAGGAGAGUCCCCCAAGUGCCCUCUGCGAGACUUUCCUGUCCCAUAGGGCCGCACCCAAUUCCUAGUGGUCUGGUGUCUGUGUCACCCGAGCCACCACCCAGAGUUGCUCCCAUCACUGGCAGCCUGGGAGGCCAAGGACUGACGGGUGAUGGCGUCUGACCAGGCAGGGCUGAGGCACAUGGGCAGGGGACGCUUGUCCUGCUGCUGGCAAGGCUGGACCCAUUCUGGAGAGAACAGGAGGAUUCAGUCAGCAGUAGGGUUACCAUGACUAAUAAAUAAAAAAAGAGGACCCUCCACGGGCCCUGGCCCCGCCCAUUUCCCCACCCCUAGCCCCGCCCCAACUCCACCCCUUCCCCACCCUAACUCAGCCCCCUCCUCCCUCCCACUCCCAGCCAUGGGGAAAGAAAGGGCUGCCCCAGUGCUACCGGCUUCACGGUUUGCCGGGCAGCCCCCAGACCCUGCACCCCCGGCCAGCUCUUCCCCAGAGCAGCUGGAGCCCGGGAAGGGAAGUGCCUGGCCCGUGGCUCGGGGUCCGUAGGCAGGGGUGGGCUGCCCGAAGCCGGUAGUGCUGGCUCGGGCAGCUCGGCUCUUAAAGUCUGAGAGGAGAGGAGCGGAGCAGCUCAGCUGGAGCCCGGGAAGGGAAGUGCCUGGCCGACGGUUGGGGGUCCGGAGGCAGGGGGGGCUGCCCGAAGCCAGUAGUGCUGGCUCGGGCAGCUCGGCUCUUAAAGUCUGAGAGGAGAGGAGCGGAGCAGAGCAGCCACGGGAGGGGAAGUGCCCGGCCGGCAUUUUCCCGGACACGUUUGGCUUUUCGGCAAUUUCCCCUGGACGGGGGUUUGAUUGCCGAAAAGCAGGACAUGUCCGGGAAAAACCGGACGUAUGGUAACCCUAGUCAGCAGGGG